AUGGAAGGACUUGCUUCAAUAACUUCUUGGUCACCAAGUACAACUCCUACAUCAACCACCCUUAGUUCCAUAUCAACAGCAGCUGCUUCAGCUUUAGAAUAUCUGUUAUCACAAGCUUUUCACACAUUAUCAGUAAAAGGAUCUACAAUUAAUAAUGAAGAUUAUGUUUCUGCUUCAAGAGUUAUAAGAGGUGCACAGGCUUCAUUAAGUAUAAUACUGGCAGAAAAUUUAAUUGCAACUGCAACUAAUGAACAAAUAAAAUCUCAAGCAACUGAAAUUAUAUGGAAACUGACUGAAAAUUUAUUAGCAUUAUCAAGAGAUGAAAAUGUUUAUGAUAUUGAUAGAUUAAGUAGACCUGCAAAUAUUAUAUUUCUAGUUGUGUUUGCUAUACAAUUUGCAUUUUAUCUAAUAGUUUGUUAUAAAUCAAGAUAUUGGUGGUUUAAUAUCGCAUUUGUUUGUGGUACAGCAUUAGAAUUCUUGGGAUAUUUAGGAAGAGUUUUAAGUUUUGGAGAUAUGACUGAUUUUAAUUUUUAUUUAUUACAAUUAAUAUCGUUAACCAUUAGUCCAGCAUUCCUCAUGGGUGGUAUAUAUUAUCUUUUUGCUUUAUUAUGUGUUAUUAUGGGAAGACAAUAUAGUUUAUUAAGACCUUUGGUUUAUUCAUAUAUUUUUAUGGCUUGUGAUAUUAUAAGUUUAGUAAUACAAGCUGUAGGAGGAGGUAUUGCUGCAGUAGCUGCUCAAAAUUAUGAAGAUGCUGAUCCAGGAACUGCUGUUAUGACAACAGGUAUUGCAUUUCAAGUAUUUUCAAUGUCUAUAUAUCUUAUUUUAUGGUUUUUAUUUUUAUGGAAUAUUUAUUUCAAAUCUGCGAGAAAUAUAGACGAGAAGUACAGAUUCGCACCAAGUUUCAAAAAUUUCUUUAAAUUAUUGUUUAAUACAAAAGAAGCUCAAAUAUAUAGAGAAAAAUUUUUGGAACCAUCUUAUAAUCCAAAAUAUAAAGAAAUUAGACAAAGAAAAUUAUAUAAUUAUUUUCCAUUAGCUAUUACAUUAUCUGUUAGUUUCAUAUAUGUUAGAUCAAUUUAUAGAAUUGUUGAAUUAGCGGAAGGAUUUGAUGGAUAUUUAAUAACUCAUGAAGUUUAUAUUAUGAUAUUAGAUGCAUUAAUGUGUUUUCUUGCAUGUUUAAUCUUGAUGCCUUUCCAUCCUGUUUUUGCAUUAGGUUCAAAUAAUAUUAUAAGAUUAAAAAAUAUAAAAAAUAAUGAUGAUGAAAAACAAAUUAUUGAAGAACAAAAAUUAAAUGAAAAUAAUGAAAAAUUUGAAAAUGAAAAAGAUAUAAAUGAUGAAACUUUUUGUAAUACUCCCACUCAUUCUGAAGAAAAUAUGUUGAAGAUGAAUAACGCUGGAAAUGUUAUCAAAGAAUGA